AUGGGUUUGAUUGAUGGGUAUCAUAUGAUGGUUAUAUCGCAAUACUUUUCUUCAUUCGAUGACUUCAUUAGUUUGGAAUUUGUCUGCAAGAAGUUUAAUACCAAUAUGUUAAAAUUUCACAACAACCCAAUUCCGUUAACAACAAAGACAAUAAAAUUCUUUUCGAAAAUAGAAACACUCAACAUUUGGUCCAAAGACGACGAAACUUUUGGUAAUAUGAAUUUUGGUGUAAUUCCAAUCAAUCAACAAGAUAAAAUCGACUUCUUUCGCGUUAAGAUAUGGUGUCCGAUUAAUUACGACUUGUUUCAAACUUUAAAGAAGCCAAAUAUCGUUUUUAAAGACUUGAUUUACACAAAGAAAGAUAGAAUAAAAUAUGGCAACACAAUCCCAAAGAUUAUUACUAAAUUGGGCAGAGAGUGCUUCUGUGACUCAGAAAUGACUUCAAUUGACUUACCAAAUUCACUCACAUUAGUGGGCGAAAGGUGUUUUACCAAUUGUCUAUUAAAGGCGUUGAUGUUCACUGACAACAUCAGCAGACUUGGAUCGUACUGUUUUAUGAACUGUGGUCUUCUCUCUUCGAUUCAUCUUCCAGACAGACUUGCUGUAUUACCAAAAUCGUGUUUUGAAGGGUGUUACAGUCUCCAAAGUGUUACAUUUCCGUCACAUAUCACAACAAUAGAAUCUGCAUGUUUUUCACAGUGUUCCUCUUUGAGAACAGUUGAUAUCCCAAACAGUGAAAGUCUCAUUUUGAAUUGUGCGUUCCUCAGUUGCUCACAUUUGACUUCAGUUUCUAUAAAAGGAAAUGUUCGUGCUUUUGGAAAUUCGUGUUUUUGUUUUUGUGAAUCCCUUGUCUCUAUCGACAUCCCAAGUUGUGUGUCGAGAUUUGAUAAUGAUUGUUUUCGAUGUUGUAAAUCGUUAAAAAGAAUUGUUUUACCACUAAACUUGAGAGAAAUCCCAUAUUGUUGUUUCGCCGGUUGUCUCAAUUUAACUGGCGUUGCAAUGCCUGAAAAUCUGAGUGCAAUUGGAGAAGCCGCGUUUCACAACUGCAAAAGUCUUGAAACACUUGCUAUACCAAACGAAGUCAAAGUGUUUAAAAAUCAGUGUUUUCGUGGAUGUGUAUUACUCGAAUUGACAGUACCGAAAACGGUUAAACAUAUUGGAGACGGGUGUUUUGUGGAAUGUAAAAACAUCAUGUUUCAAGUCUAA